AUGGAAAUGACUGUCAAAAAUCUGUUACUCAUAUUUUUAAUUAUUAAAGGAGUCAUUGUCAUAAAAAGUGAGAAUGAGCACUCCAGUAAAAAUAAUAGUAAUAAUCCAUUGAAUAAAUUGAAUAACUUAACGCUAUAUAGCAAUACUGAUAAGAAUACCGGCCAAAGUAAAGAAUCCAGUCAUAUCAGGAUAAAAAGGCAAUUUGGAUAUGAUCCACGUCGCCCACUGCCUAUAGCUAUUGGUGGACUAGGAAUUGGAAUCGGAAGACCUGGAUUUGGUUUUGGUAGACCCAGUUUUGGUGGGAGAGGAUUCGGAUAUGGAAGACCAGGUUUCGGUGGUAGGGGAUUCGGUUUUGGUGGAAGAGGUUUCGGAGGACGUGGAUUCGGUGGCCGUGGAUUUGGUGGAAGGGGAUUUGGUGGAAUCGGUGGAAGAGGAUUUGGUGGAUUUGGUGGACGAGGUGGACGUGGAUAA